UUGGUAGACAGCGGAGGGAGAGGUUAGUGAAAGUGACGUGCUCGGUCGUUUACACUUGUGCGCUGGUAAUUACACUCAGUCUGUGAUAUUUAAUUUCCUCGUCAUGCCGGAUAAGGACGAUAGAGUGAAUUCUCAGGUUAGGCACAGUAGUAGAGAAGAAAUCGCGACUGACGAGGAGCACAGACCUCUGAUAUCUAUCGGUGCAGAGAGUAAGCCUUGCAACGGCGUGAGAGGCCUGGGCAGACUUGGUGACCCAACUUCUGAGCAUGACCUCGAUAAUGACCCAGACAGUGCAAUUCCGUUAUUGCCGCUGGAGGCGGAGGCGGAGAAAGCGAAGGUGUUUCCACCCACCGUCAUAAAGAUCCAGGGGCACGUGAACGGCAGUGGUGCGAACGGCUGCAGGCCUAAGACAAGUUUAGUGGAACCCCCGUGCUCGACGUUGUGGCCCAGUGACGGAAGUGUAGUGAAUGGCAUGGGUGUGCAGGCAGUGAACCAGCAGCACCCCGGGAGGCACAACAACGGCACGCCUGUGGUAUAUGUGACAGAUCGCGUUGGUACCACGUACUCGGCCGUGCCCACUGUGGCAGUGGCGCCCCUGUACAGCCAAGCUCCAACGUGUCCCGUGAAGGGCGCGCACGGCUCGAGGAUGGGCGUGCGGCUGCAGGGGACACAUCACGUGUUCACCAUCGUACCCGUGGGAAGCGGCGAGCUUUUAGCCGAGCAGCAACAGCAGGAAGGAAAGACCGAGCCGAAGGCGCCGCCCCCCCAGGCCGCCGUCAGCAGCAUUUCCCCGGCGCCGCGGCACCCAGGGUGCGUCGCGACCUCCAGCGUCCCUUCGCCCAUGCAGCGCCAGGCAUUGUGCACCGCCACGGCCGCUCCCAUGCGCAAGAUCUCUGCCCCCAGCAUGAGGGCGGCGCCCGUCAUCCCCAUGAGCAUGGUGGCGACCCUCCCCACGGGCCUGGACCCCCCGCCUAACAAUUACCGCACUCUGAUGUCGCCCCCCAACAUGGCUGUCAACUAUAAUCCGUACCACACCAUCACGGGCAUGGUUCCCUCCACGUACCCGGGCCGCGAGUACGGCGUUGGCGGAGGCGUGUCGUUCCUGCCGCAGCGGGAAUACGGCGUGGGUAGCUCGCCCUUUUACCAGCGGGGCGAAUACGGAGUGGGGGGAGGCGUCCCUCCGUCCUUAGGACCGGUUAUGGCACAGCGGGGGCCUCACGGCGUGCCGCCUUCGCUGGCACCUGUGGUGGCACCGCGCGGCCCUGUCACCAGCAGUCUCCAUGGCGCUAGUGCCAUGCCUUCUCCUCCCAAGGGCAUGCAACGCGUGGCUACCAUGCCCUGCUCCUCCAGGCCCAUGGCGUACCACAUGGCCAGCCGACCUCUAAGUCCCCAGGGGGGUUGGGUGGGCCCAGUCCCCCUCCAGCCCCCCACAUCUGAACAGCUGACCGUUCACUCAGUCAAUCAGAUGACGGUUCAAUCAGCUGGUGGACUUAGCAUCGACGUUGGCAGCACUGACGGCCGUAACGUGACAGUGCGUGGCGCACUGACCUCGCCCGACCAGCUACCUUACCUGCCAGCUGUAUUCAGG